GGUCCGGACCGGAGACGGUGUAACGUAAAGAUGGCGGCGCCCGUUAGUGUCAGGUAUGGCAGCGGUAAAGCGGCGAUGUUUUCGUGAUUUUGAAGCGGAUUAAAGGAUCCGGACUCGUCGCGGAGCUGCGCUGCUGCUGCCGCACCAUGUUCCUCUGUGCGGGCUCUAUAUUGUCUCUGAAUGUGCGGAGGGUUUUGAGAAGCAGCGGGCGGUGCGCCGGGACGCUGCGCCGCGGGGUGUCGGGGCUCGGCCCGGGCAGCGGCCGGGCAGGCAGGCCGGCGGCAGGCUCCUGUGGCCCGGCGGCAGGCUCCUGUGGUCCGGCCUGGAGGCUGCUCUUCUUCGGCUCCGAUGAGUUCGCGGUGGAGUCGCUCCGGCUGCUGGUGUCCAGCAGGGAGUCCAGUGAGGGGACGGUGGGGUCUCUGGAGGUCGUCACUCUGUCCCGGGACGUCCCAGUGAGGAGGUUUGCCCUGCAGAACCAGCUCCCUGUCCACACCUGGCCUCCAGGUGACCUGAGCGGGCGCUUUGACGUGGGCGUGGUCGUCUCGUUCGGCUGUUUGCUGCACGAGAGGCUCAUCAGUCAGUUCCCAUAUGGGAUCCUGAACGUUCACCCCAGCCUGCUGCCCAGGUGGCGCGGCCCGGCUCCAGUCUUCCACACCAUCCUGCAUGGCGACACGGUGACGGGCGUCACCAUCAUGCAGAUUCGUCCUCACAGGUUCGAUGUGGGUCCCAUCCUGAACCAGGAGCUCUUCCCGGUCCCUGAACGCUGCACGGCUGACGAGCUGGGAGCGGCUCUGGCCCUCCGAGGAGCUCGACUGCUGAUGGACACGCUGAAGACUCUCCCGGAGAGGAUCGCAGGCCGGAGGGAGCAGAGUCAGACCGGAGCGACGUUAGCUCCUAAGAUCAGCAGCUCGCUGAGCUGGCUGCUGUGGGAGGAGCAGACCUGCGACCAGAUCGACCGCCUGUUUCGAGCCGUCGGCUCUCGGAUUCCCCUCAGAACCCUCUGGAAGGGCCGGACCGUGAAGCUGCUGGACUUUGUGGGAGAGUGUCACGUUUCAUUAUCAGGUCGAGGGAGGAAGCCGAUCCCCGGAUCAAUCAGCUUCCAGAAGGAGUCCAACACCCUGGCUGUGUGCUGCAAGGACGGCUGGGUGGGAUUCAAGUCGGUGGUGCUGAACAAAAAACUGACGGCGGCAGAUUUCUAUAACGGCUACCUGCACCAGAGCGAGAGGACGACCGAGCCGCCACAGGACAGUGUGUUCGUCAGCAACAGAGACAGAGCGGACACACACACACACACACACUCUGCCGUGACGCUGAGCCACAGCAGCCGGAAAACCAGCUGAACCCACGUGCCGCCAGCCCGUGACUCCUGUCUGUUUUAAGACACCGCCGUGUACAUUUUUAUUCAGCAAAUCAUAAACCAUUUAAAUAAAUUAAUGAAUGAAUGUUGGAAAUUCA